AGAAGAAAAAAAAAGGGAGGGGAAAUGUACGCCUAGUUCAGAAAUGACAGGAUUGAAUAAAUGCCCUUACCUCCUACCCGUCCCCAUCUCACUUCCGGGUCUGUGGCAAGGCAACUUCCUUUUAGGAUAAGAAGGAAGUGCUGGUGAAGGUGAAGCGAGGUUGUUGCCAGUUUUGCUGGGUUUCGUUGGAGUGAUGUAACCAGCUUGGUAACGUAAAAUGAUGAUACACUUAUGGAGGUAUUUCUAUACAAAUAUCUUUCGAUUUUGGCUAAAAUGGAUAUUAAGACUGGUAACUGGAAAAUGUGAACUGCAGCGUAUUUGUAAUGGCACAAGGAAAAAUGCAGAAAGAACACUACGAAUAGAGUAUUCACUGGAAUCAUCAAAGUAUAAGUCCUUGCAAAAUGCUGUGAACGCUACUGAAGGUGAAGUGGAAAAAUAUGUUGCACUCAUAAUAGAAGAAAAGAAAAUUAAAAUACAGAAAGAUAUCGGGUUUGCUUCAAAGCUACAAUUAUGUUUGCUCCAAAUAUCAGGCUUCAAGAAACUCUGUUUGGCUGUAGAAGAUCUCAGAAAACAAGUAUAUAAUUCAGACAGUAAAGAACACGAAGAGCAGUUAAUGGAGCUCUGGAAUUUGUUAAUGCCCCAUGAAAAACUGAAGGCUAGAAUCACAAAGCAAUGGUGUGACAUUGGUUUCCAAGGUGAUGACCCUAAAACAGACUUCAGAGGAAUGGGAAUGCUGGGAUUAACUAAUCUUCUAUAUUUUAGUAAACAUUAUCCUCAUGAAGCUCGUCAAAUCCUUGCUCGUUCAAAUCAUCCAAAACUUGGAUACUCUUACGCAAUCGUUGGGAUCAAUUUGACAGAGAUGGCUUAUUGUCUGUUAAUGAAAGGACUUUUAAAGAACCACUUUUACAACUUGGUUCCUGGUGCUCCUCAGCUGAAUGAUUUCCAUCAGUUUUACUGUUAUUUGACUUACGAGUUUGACAAAUUUUGGUUUGAAGAGAAACCGGAGAGUAUUAUGUACUUCAACCAAUAUAGAGAGAAGUUUCAUGAAAAAGUCAAAAGACAACUCUUGGAUUACGAUGUGGUCCUUGCCUUAAAAAAUGAAAAAUAGAAAUGUGUGAUUCUUUGAGUUCUGUAUAUAAAUAUUAUGCACUCGACUGUAUUCAACCAAAAACUCCAUUUAAUGCUCAAAGUUUUAUACAUCCAUUAUUUUUAUAGAAAAAUGAGCUUGGACAAUCAAUACUUAUUUAAGACUGAACAUUAUAUUCUAAAGAUAAUUUUUUUUAAUAUAAAGAUCCUCAUUGGAUCAUAGGACCUCACAAUUUUUGCACACUUAGAAGAUGAAAAAUAAUUCUUGAACUUUAUCACAUUGCUCAACAAUAGAUUCCUAUCAUUUGAUUCAUAUUUGAUUUACAGCAAGAGAUGUUACAAUAUUUCAUGAAUAGAAAUUUUGUUCUAGUUUUUUAUAUUGUAUAUUUUGUUCUUUUCAAAUAUGGGAGAUGUAGCACUCUAUUAUGAUUUGGAAAAGAAUACACAUCAAUAAGUGGUAUGUUACUUGGAUGAAUGAAAGCAGUUUUUAGUGUCCUUAUUUAGAAAUAUUCAUUAACUGUUUUAUCUCCCUUUGGAUGCAUAUAGAUAUAAACUAACAGAAUAACCUUUACAUAGUGCCAUAAACACUAAGGCUAAAUAAUUUUGCCUGUAUUGUACUAUAAUUGCCAUCACAUAUCAAUCCCUGUUGCUCCCCCCCCCUUUUCCCCCCAGCUUUUAGGAGGCAUACAAGCUUAAAAUAUUAGAGCUUAAAGUAUUUAAUAGAAGAUAAUCAAAAAUUAGUUAGUUAAUUUUUUUCAAUACCCUUGUAUCAUUUAUUAAGGUCUACAUAUUGAGUAUCAUUCUCAGACAAUCUAAGCAAUAGGAUUGUACUCAUGCUGAAAAUCUAUGAAGCCUUCUUAAUUUUUUUUUCUAAAUAAAACUUUGUAUUUAGCCUUGUUGACAUUUGAGAGAUGGACAGAAUGAUUAAGGUUGUUAGUUUAAAGUGCCUUUUACUCACAGCAACUGAGUAUCGUCCCUGGAGCUGGGAUUAAUUUAUUUCUAGAUAGCUCCUAGGACAUGUUUCUGUUAUAAUAUGUAAUACUGGAAUUGGGCAUAUUUAAUCUUGCUGACUAAAACUUCUCUUGCAAAUUAUAUCACCAAUCCAGAAAAAUUAAAUAAAAGUAUUUGAAGAACAUUUUAAGAAGCAUAUGAUUAUAUUUGACAACUUGGGCAAAAAUUAUUAUGGAUUGGGCCUUGACAAAGAAAUAGAAGGCUUAUUUUUACUGUUUACAAUUAUCUGGCAAAUGUUCAUCCAAAAAAAUUGCUGAAAGAAAACAUUAGAUACUGUAUAAAAUGUAUGUUGGACACUUUAAAAAAAAUCUGGUUUACACUGUCCUACUGAGCUCUCUUUACAAGUAUAGCUCUGCUUUAUUAUGAAUCAGGGAUUCCUCCUGUGAAACAGAAUUAAGAAACUCAUGUAGCUAGUUAUAUGGGAAUACUGGAGACAUGGUAUGUGAUUGCACUGAAUUCAUUAUUGGUUGAAAUUGUUUUUUAAAUAUAAGAUUGUUCCUUUUUCAAAUGUAAAGAUUAGGUUUGCUGUAAAAUGCAUCAAAACACUGGAAUGCAAAGGUUUUAAAUCAGUUUACCAGAAAUUUCAGACUAUAUCUUACUAGUAGUUUAUAGUUAGUACCCAUGCUAUCUUAAUUAUUUUAUUAAUCUGCUUUUGAUUGAGAUUAUAGUACACUUGCUGAUUACAGACGCUGACUCUGUUUGAGCCUUCGCAAGCAUUAAUUAACUGGUUAUCUGGUUAACAAUUUUAUGGGCUUAUCUUUUUCCAAUAGUUAGAAGUGCUGUCAGCUUCCUUAGCCUAAUAAUGGUGAUUGAGGGAAUCAAUGCUAUUUUUUGUUUAAUGUUUAAGGGGGCGAAAAAUCACAUUUUCUAGGCUAGAUUUAGAAAAUACUGAAUGUUGAACUGGCCACUGUGGUCUCCCAAAUACAGUUUUAUCUUUCCUUACAGGCAUUUGGAAUUGGGCUGACUCAUAGUCAGUCUGUCAGUUUGUCACUGAAGUUUUGCAUUGUUUAGACAACUGCAGAAACAUUUGCUACAGCUGACUAUGAAUUGGUUCCCACUUUUGUGUGAAGGGCUGCAACCUGUUAUGCUGCAACAGUAUCCUUCUAAGAUUGAGGCUUUAGAACAACAUUAGGCUCCCUUUGUGGGCUUGGGGCACUAGAAUUUUGAGAGCACGUGGUGGGUAUUCUCAGAAAAUUGCUGAAUAUAGUUUGUGAACGUGUAAAGGCAAAACUUCAAAUUUGGAACAUUCAUUGUGAGUGCUUGGAAACUAUAUCAUAUUCAUGUCUUAAGAUUUCUAUAUUAAUGAAUAAUGUUUAAUAACAAAAUAUAAAGACAAUGUUAAAAUAGUUAAAUCAGAAACCAGUCUUUAGCAACCUAUCAUUAGGUUUAUGUUAGAAAAAAAGUGCUUAUAAUAAUAUAAAUGGAAAAACUUAAAUAUUAAGUGAAAAUUAAAAUGAGGCACCAGCUUAUUCCCUGUUUCAGCUAGUGUGAUCUUUUUAAAGCUGCUAAUAGUUGUAGCUGAGAAUUUUCAGUAAGAGGAUUUGUAUCUAGGGUGUGCAAAGUCUAUCUGAUCCAGGGCUUCAGAAAUGAUCUAGUUAGAUAUGGGUUAUUUUGGUGUAGCUGAAUAUAAAUUGUUGCCUGAUAAUCAAGUGAGAAACAUUGGUCCCUUUUCUUAGCAUGGGAAGAAGCUAAGCAGCUAUAACACUUUUGUUUGAAUAGGAGUGAAUGAGGGGAUGAAGUGUAUCAAAUUUCACAGUGAUCAGUAUGGGGAUUUUAAGCUUUUAUAAAAACUUAAAUAUGCCAUUUUGAUUUGUGAGAAUGUGAUGAAAUUGGGGUGGUAAUGGCUCUAAUAUGGGUAUGUUCUUGCUAAAUUUCAGGCAGAUUACUUUUUUCUUUCUUUUUGCACAAAGCCCUCUCGCUGCAUAUUUCUUAGGAAUAAUGCUAUUCUCUGAAUGCAUUUGGAGUGAUUAUGAGAGAUUGAGGCUGACUAUGAGAGAUUAACUCACUGCCUUUGCCAUAAAAUAAUUCAGUUCCUAAGAUAAGUCAACGAAUGCAUUUUACACAACAUUGUCAUGUAUGUAUUCAGAGUGGGACUGGGAGAAAAUACAUUGGAGCAAAUGAUAAAACUACAUUCUUUCAGUGCUCAAGUGUUCUCCAUUCUCCAGAAAGAUGCGAUUGGGGUGACCAGUGGUGGCCUGAUUGCAAGGGUUACUAUGAGGGCAGACUUGUCAGUCAGUGAAUCUGGUGUCGCCCUCCACCAAAUUGCCUUUUACCUAAACAAUAAAAAAAAUUAUUUGCGUAUGAGUUGUGCUACUGCUCUUUACAACACAACAGAACUUCAAAAAGAAACAACAGUUUCAUGGAAAUGUAACUGUUUCCAUUAGAUUUGGGAUGUAUGACUGAAUACAAAUUAUUCAGGGUAUCUUUUGUUCAUACUUAUGAGUGAGUUUAUGAUCACAUGAGGGGAAAAUUCAUGUAAGUUCCUUUUCAAUUAUGUUUUGAAGUAUGCAUUCCUAAAAGGAAGAUAAUUUGAUACACAACAAUAGAACUGUUAAUUUCUAUUCCUAUUAAACAUAAAAAUGCAGUAAAACUGCCCUAGAAAAUUAAACAAGAGUUAAAACACCUGAAGAAAACAUUAAACUGAUUCCUCAAGGAAGAGUAUUACAAAAAUCAGUGACUGCUCACAUAGCUAUAAAUAUUUAAUUGCAACUUUGUUGCUGCGCUUGAGCUGUCAUAAUUACAAAUGCAUUGUCAGUAUUCAACAUUAUGUCCUGUUCAUUGUUCUUUCUAGUUCUUAUGAUUUGUAUUUGUCCUAGCUCAUUUCUUUGGUACUAACAGAGCCAGUGUGGUGUAGUGGUUAAGGCAGUGUUUCUCAACCUUGGGAACUUUAAGAUGCUGGCUGGAGAAUUCUGGGAGUUGAAGUCCACAUAUCUUAAAAGUUCCCAAGGUUGAGAAACACUGGGUUAAGGUAUAGGACUGGGAAUAGGGAAAUCCAGCUUCUCGUUCAUUUUCAACCACUGAACCUCAUAGGGCAAUUCACUCUCCAUCUGCCCGACUUAGCUCAGGGAGCGCUAAGGCACCUUGAGCUCCGGUAUGAAAGAUGGGAUAUAAAUAUGGGUGUUUUUUCUGUUACUACUUGUCUUUCUCUUCUUUUACUGUGAGAAACUUGGUGAACAGAGACCAAUUUGAAGCAAAUUUAGUGCCCACUCCUGUAUGUAGUUAUAAAAGCAAUAAAAAAUUACACCUCUUUGAUAGUGGAGUGAGAAUGUUAACAAAUACAGAUGAAAUAUUUCAAAACUGCUGUUCUGAUAUGGUAUGUCAUACUUGUAAUUUUUACUGCCUGUAUUCUAACUUGAUAUGUAUGUACUCUGAUGUAUACCAAUUUAAAUAAAUACUGUUCUUCUGCUCCCUCA